AUGCCUGAGUUGGAAAUAAAGCGCAAAGCUGAUGAAUACUCAGUGGUUCCAGCGAAGAAAACACGCCAUGAAAUCUCUGUGGCGGGUACUAGAGAAAAAGCCGUGGUUACAGCAACCGUUCCACGUACAUCAAAUCUCUAUGCGCCAAUUAUGUUAUUAGAAGGGCAUCAAGGUGAAGUCUUUACUGCUAAGUUCCAUCCUGAAGGCAAACAUUUGGCAUCUGCAGGCUUCGAUCGGCAGAUAUAUCUUUGGAAUGUGUAUGGACAAUGUGAGAAUGUCAUGGUAUUAAAGGGACACACGGGAGCUAUUAUGGAGCUAUGUUUCUCACCCGAUGGAGCUCACAUGUACACAUGUGCAACAGACAAUACUGUGGCUGUCUGGGACGUACCCACUGGGACAAGAAUUAAAAAGUUAAAGGGCCACUCUAACUUUGUAAACUCAGUUUCAGGAGCUAGAAGAGGCCCAGAACUACUCGUAUCAGCAUCUGAUGACAACACAAUAAAGUUAUGGGAUGCAAGAAAACGAAAUCCUAUAUUAUCGCUGGAUAGUGCGUAUCCAGUGACGUCUGUACUUUUCAAUGAUACUGCUGAAAAGAUUAUUUCUGGUGGAGUAGAUAAUGUGAUAAAAGUAUGGGAUAUUAGAAAUCAACAGAUUGCUUAUAAAAUUAAAGGACAUACAGAUACAAUUACAGGAAUGGCACUUUCAUAUGACGGUUCCUACUUACUCUCAAAUUCAAUGGACAACACUCUGAGGAUAUGGGACGUGCGGCCAUUCGCACCUUCAGAAAGAUGUGUCAAAUUAAUGUCUGGACAUCAGCAUAACUUUGAAAAGAAUCUGCUCAAGUGUGCCUGGUCUCCAGAUGGUUCUAAGGUGGCAGCAGGUUCAGCUGACCGUUACCUUUAUAUCUGGGAUACGACGUCGCGUCGUGUCCUUUAUAAGCUCCCUGGACACAACGGAUCUGUCAAUGAUGUGCAUUUCCACCGCUCAGAGCCAAUUGUUCUUUCAGCAUCUAGUGAUAAACAGAUUUAUCUUGGGGAGAUUGAUAAUUAG